CCUGCAUCAUCGCCCUCGAAUCUCGAAUCCGCAACUCCCAAAUCAACAAUCGACUCUACAUUUCACUCCAGUCUCCGCACUCAGCACAAACCGCAAUCAUGUCAAUGUUCGGACUCGGUAGACCACAGCCUUCAUCGGCGGAGAAGAUUGCUGCCGCAGAGCAGGAGAUGGAUUUAGUGACUGAUAUGUUCAACAAACUCCAACAAGCCUGCAUGAAGAAGUGCAUACCCAAGGAGUACCGCGAGGGCGAGAUCAACAAGGGUGAAGGUGUUUGCAUUGACCGUUGCGCCUCGAAAUUCUUCGAUGUGCAGAUGAAGAUCUCGGAGUUGUUGCAAGCGGAAGCGGCAGCGAAGGGUGCAGGUGGUGGUGGAAUGGGGUUCGGUGGAAUGUAGAAGGGGAGAUUGAAGAUAUGAGAGGGAGGGAGCACGAGGAGAGAUAUACUGCGUUGUGAUGAUAUUGGUUGUGAAGAAGAGGUGGCAGAGCUUCUUCUAUUGUAUUAUUGUUGGAAGUUGGGAAUCAUGUCGUACCUUGGCCAUACUCUUUGCUGUGGGAAGGUAGAGUGGGAAUUACUUGGUUCACGGCCAUAUGGAUCGCACGGUAUUGGAUGUUAUGAUAAAAGCCCAUGGGAGGGUAAAUGUAUUAUAGAACGUUGUAUGAAAACAAGG